CAAACGCUUUCCCCCCCCUAAUGGGGCUUCCGUAGGUCGUUACAAACCCGGAAAUAAUGGCGGACAUCCAGCAAACUUUUGCAAGUGCUUAGCUAGGUUGUUGAAAAAGUAUAUUAAAGUAAAGUGUUUCAUUGUUUUUUCAACAAACAAUUACAACAAUUGUAUUUUCACGUACAACUCUUUCUUAAAUAGUUAAAUUAAAUAGUUUUUCCACCGGUAGUCGUUAUGACCAGCAGCCUGACUAACGUUAGUUGAGUUUUGUUGUGUCGUUUAACGCACCUGGAAGUGGUCAUGAUCCAGCUGACUUGAGGAGUAACAACGAAAAGAAAGCGUUCAACACCUCAAAGAUCUGCGUGAGGAUGAAGCUCGGAAUGAAGGCACGCUGUCCCUGAAGUGUGGCUGAACCAGACCAAGGGUGAGCGUGUUGAGAUCCAGUGAUGUGCAGGUUUCUCCGCUACUGCAUCACCCAUUCGAUUUACGCAGCCAUGGGCAGACUGGAGGAGCUUCGGACCGGGGUGAGUGUGCGAGCGUCCAUUCGCUAUUUGGGCUAUUUGUCCACUCUUAGCCUCCUCGUGGCCGUAUGCCUGGGCCUGUAUGCGCGCUGGGAGAGCCAAGCACAACCCAUCCUCCUGGUCAUCUUCAUCCUCGCUCUUUUUAUCUUGGGCAUCUGCAGCAUCCUGUAUUAUUACUUCGGUAUAGAGAGGCUCAGUUUUGUCCUCUUCCACCUAUGGCUGGGUUUCCUGUUGGGUUUACUGGGUUUUCUUCAAACUCCCGCUGUCGGUGACUGGAAGGAGCAAUUGAGCAGGUACAUGCUGAUCGCCUGCGUGGUCAUAAGAACGCUGUGGGCUUUGGUGGAAAGACUCUGUGGAUGCACCAGGCAAAGGCCGGCACUUCUGACCUCUUCUGAGAUGCUGGAGCUGACAGGGUUCGCUGCGGCCAGCACCAUGCAGGUCGUCCAUGCCUCCAUGAGCCUCAUCGCCCUGGCGCUGGCUGUUGCCUGUCUGCUCGUGGAUCUGCGUAUGAAAUCCUUCCUGGCUCUUCCUAACCUUAUCUGCUUCGUUGUGGUCUCGGCGAUCUUCUUCUUCGACUCCCUCGAGGUUUCGGUGAACCCCUACGCCCUGGUGUGCUUCCUCAGCCGCCUCGUGUGUGAGCCGCUCCUGGAUACGUACUUCAGUGGCCUCUCGGUGACCGAGCGCUGGUCCCCGUUUCUGAGGAGAGGAACUCUGUGGAGGCGCCUCAGUCUCCUGCCUCUGCUUGCUGUCGAAACCUCGUUUCUGGUCCUGGCUGCUUUGAAGAUGGGGGAUCUGGACCGCUGGUAUGUUGUGAUUCCAGGCUUUUCUGCCUCCAGCGUUUUUUGGAUCCUUUGCCACGUGGUCUUUUUGGUGACCCUCUGGGGUUUUCAUAGCAAGCUGAGCGAAUGCCAAAGAGUGUGUGUGGCUCAGAGGGCCAGUCCUGGGGCUUUGGACAGGGUGAUGACCUCCAAAGGCAUGCGCCACUUCUGCCUCGUCUCAAAACGCUUGGUCCUCUUCAGCCUCGUGUCUACAGCUGUAUUAGGGGUUCUUUCAUGGCAGCCAUUCAACAGCCUGUUUAUUGGUGUGUUUCUGCUGGUCCUGCCUCUCGAGUCUCUGGCUUAUGGUCUUUUCUAUGAGCUGGGUAACUGCCUUGGAGGAACGUGUGUGGGUUAUGCAGUUGUCAUUCCUACCAACUACUGCAGUGUGGAUGGACAGCCCACCCCGCUGCCCCCAGACGAGGUGCAGGAGCUGAACCUGCGCACCAUGGGCAUGCUGAACAACGUGCAGCGCUUCUUCUCCCACCACAUGAUCAAGUCUCACGGUUGCGAUUACUCCAGCAGCGGCUUGACGCGGGACAUGUUGCACUCUAAGCUCCGCUCUUUCCUAGAGGAGCGUACGGUGGAUGGGCCACGCUACGACACCUACAUGUUGUUCUACAGCGGGCACACACACCGCACCGGAGAGUGGGCUCUCGUAGGUGGAGAAGUGCUACAUCUGUCUGAGAUAAUCCAGAUAUGGAGGGAGAAGAACGAUGGUUACAGCUCUCGUCUCAUCGUUUUACUUGACACUGAGAAUUCGCUCCCAUGGGUGAAGGAAGCACGCAAAGUGGAAGAGGUUUACGUAGCGGUACAGGGGGCUACGCUGGUGACCUCGAUGGACAUCGAGCUCCAGAACCUGCCUCAGAUCGGAGAUUUCACCGCAGAAUGGGUGGAGUUUAACUGCAACCCUGAUGCGGGUUUGCGCUGGUCUGAGCCCGGGCGAAUCGUCCUGGCCGCCUACGGUGUCUCCAGUCGCUGGGGGGAUUACAAGCUGCACCUUCCUACAGGAAGUGACGUCGCUAAGCACUGGAGGUUGUAUUUUCCGCGCUGGACGUAUCCAGUGGUGCAGCUGGCACACUGGAGCGUUUCUCUGAACCUCUUCUGGAUCUGCAGUGUGUGUCUGCGCUUUCUCCACAGACUCAAACUGACCUGGUUUCCUCCUGCAGUGCUGGACACCGGCCAGGGCUUCAAACUGGUGCGCUCUUAGAACCAGACCGAGUGUGUGCAGAUCUCAGAGAGACCAUUAGCAUUUAUUAGCACUUAUGAAGUUGAUCUGAUGCUCGCUAGCAUUAACGACUUAGACCACCAGGGUUUGCUUGAUCUCUGGAAAGUCUGAGUAUGUGUGGGGGAUAGUGAUUUAUCGAGUGGUUUUUAUGAUGAUAGAGCUGAGCAAGCAUCUAAUCUGAUACAUUUCCACAUGCACAGAGGAAAUCGUAUGCUUUAAAGCAAAAAAACAACAAGCACUGCAAUGCAAGAGACACUAACAGGCCACCGUAGGCCACACUCCCAGCGCUUCUUCAACUAAUGAUCCUGUUACUGAUAUUUUGGCUAAUCCUGAUGUUUCCUUUGACCCAUUAUAACCAUUUGAUGCACACCCUCAGGGAUAGGGAUUAGCCCUUGAAGGUAAACUCGGAGUGCUUGUUAACGCAAGGUUAGCACGUUUCCUAGCCUUUCAUCAUCACUACUAUGUUGUAACACACCAUCAUGUUAGUUUUUGCCAAAAAGCUGUUCACACUGCCUGUUUUUUGCUAAUCAGACUACAAUAGCUUGACAACAUUCAAUUUAGGCUACAGGUCACUGGGGUCUGAUCAGUUUUCUAAAGUUAUAUUUAUGUUCAAAUUGUUUGAUUAAAAACCAUUUCUUUGUCAAUUUUGUUAUUUAUUUUUUACCUCAUAGCAAAAUUGAGCUUUAAAAGUAAUUUUUUUAACUCUUCGUCUGCAGUGAUGUAUAAUCAGGAAUAUCGGUCCACACAGACGAUCUGAAAGUUAUGUAAUGACCUAACAUUUCAAGCCAAGGUUCUGACCAAGACUUCCGAGUCUCCAGUUAAUGGGUCAGUCAGAAAGUUGUUUCAUUUUUUUUUCUUUUUCUAUAAAUGGUUUUCUAUUUUGUCUUUUCUUUUUGUUGCUGUUUGUUUUUUUUAUAUACAAGUGCCUUAUUAUGGCUGAGACUUUACUAAGAGGCCAGUCAUUAUCUGAAAGUGACCUAUUUAUAGAGUUGAUAUAAAACCAUCAGAUUACCUCAGAGAUGUGUGAGGCUAACUUGAACAUAACGUGGGAAAAAUUUCUUAAAUGCAGCAGGGUGAUUUUGAAUGGGUCAAACAUUGUUUAUUGAUGUGCAUGGAAUGAUAUCAGCUUUAAUAAGACUUUUUUUAACAGCAAUAAACACACACUUCCUUCACCGGAA